ACGUUGUGUUUGUUUUAUAUGACAUACCAUUCAUUGCUAUCAACGCCUGUAUUGACACAAAAGCCACUCUUUCUGUGACUCAAACCCAAUCGCAGUCCUCCCCGAAGACAUCACCGGAUUAUUAUGUCCUCAACUGUUCCGCAACUCAAUUACACCUUCAAUGACUGUAAUUCGGUUGUUGUCAACGACUUGUUCCCAUCGACACAAUCACAUGAAAUACACACACAAUCGAGUCAUCAGAUGUCCGAUUCGGAACAGAGCGCUCAGAGUCAAGACAACGACCGAAAGCUAGCGCUAACUCUGCCGAUCAUAACGGGUCCCAACGGUUUCCAAGUGAAUGGUCCCCACAAUGAACGCCAAGAAUACGCGGAAUCGGAGAAAUCGAUUCACUCGUCGCAGAAGACGGGAUCAAAUAAGACGGGAAACGAGUGGGAGAUUCUAGAGGGACUCAAAGACGGCCAGCGCUGCGAAGACAAGCCAAACAAAUUCGAUGGCUUUAUGCUGAAGAGGAGGAAGUGGCCGCUCAAGGGUUGGCACAAACGGUACUUCCAUUUGGAGAACGGGAUUCUCUCGUACUCGAAGAGCGCCAACGAUAUAAUGAAAGGCAAGAUUCACGGCUCUGUUGACGUGGGGCUGUCCGUCAUAUCGACUAAACGCAGCUCAAAGCGCAUUGAUAUCGACGCCGAAGAAUUCAUUUCUCACUUAAAAGUGAAGAAUCGCAUUCUGUUCACCAAAUGGAUAUCAAUGCUGAGACAUCACCGGCUGUACAGACAGCACGAGAUUGCUUUCGGGAACCGAAUUAACGCCAUUUCCACGCCCGUCCGGUCAGUGGUGUGCAGUGGGGACACGACUCCCAACUACGAGAUGAACUCCAAAGUGAUCGCUUGGAUACUGGACUCCGCCGUCGAGUCGGACAAGAACUUCAGUAAAGAGUUGAUUGAUUUGCAGCUAAAGCUCGUGAAGUUGAGCUCAUUAUUGAAGUUAAUUGAGAUGCAGAUCGACUCCAAGUCGGACGCCAUUCCUUCCUCAGAGACUGUGAGCCUUAAGAAACAAAGGCGUCGUUUCCUUCUGCGCCGAAAGAAGCAGAACUCGACCACCACUUCCACCGAUAAGACAACCACCAAAAAGGGUGAACCAAACGCUCAGAAUCAGGACUCGGCGCUCGUCGAUAAGAAUAACUUAAAGCCACUGCCGAUCGGCCAUCACCUGAGCUCAUCGAUUACGGUCCUCAACGAGACGUCUUUAGCGCCCAACAGUUCCACCGAUUGGAUGACACAGUCGUGCAAUGAGGCGGAGACCGACUUUAAAGACCACUCGCAGGGCUUUGAUUCGAUGAAAUCGACAAAAGCUAUCAUUGAUUUCGUGAGUCUCGCGAACGAUGUAAAUAACUGUUUCCGGACUCUCUAUCGUUUGGUCCAAAACGAGAGCUCCAAAAGGAAAUCAAUCAAACGACCGGCCAAUCAGUCGAUACACCACGACAUUGAUUUGGUCUACUCUUUGAGACAAUCACUGUCCGAUGCACUCAAACAGAAUAAGGAGUUGCGCUCCAGACUGGAACAAAUUCACGAGACAUCGAACGUGUCCUCCUUUACGCCAAUACCUCCCGAAGCGGCCGUUCAGAUAACGGCCGCCACGAGUGUCACAGAAGUGGACGACGUCGACGAGCAGACUAUAAUCCACGAGCCGUUGGCGCACUCGGCGUCUCGCGAGAGUACGUCUGUGUUGAGUAUAUCGGAGUAUUUCGACGCCGAAGAGAACCUCUCGGCCUGUACUACAUCUACAGAGGACGAGGACGAAGAGAGUCUGGCCACUGAUCUCAGUGACGACGGCACCGAAUACAGGAAUUUAUCCAAAGCUUCCAUCGAUAAUAUAUCGAUCGCCAACAAAACCGGUCGGCGAUCGAAACUGCCAGCCCCUCAGCCCGAUACAGGCGAUGUCUCGCUGUGGAGUCUUUUAUGUAAGAAUAUCGGCAAAGACUUGUCGAAGAUCUCAAUGCCGGUCACAAUCAAUGAGCCCUUAAACGUGUUGCAACGUCUGUGCGAAGAGCUCGAGUACAGCGAACUCCUCGACAAAGCGUCCAUAAUUGAAGACAAUCGCCAACGAAUGCUACAAAUCGCCGCCUUUGCCGUCUCCUCCUACAGCUCGGCCUACUAUAGGGCCGGACACAAGCCAUUCAAUCCCCUGUUGGGCGAAACAUACGAAUGCGUUCGCGAGGACAAGGGUUUCCGGUUUAUAUCGGAACAAGUCAGUCAUCACCCGCCGGUGUCCGCCUGUUGGGCCGACUCUGAUAACUAUAUCUUCUGGCAGGACAUGAGAAUCAAAAGUAAGUUUUGGGGCAAAUCGAUGGAAAUAAUUCCGUUCGGAACGGUUCACGUCCUCCUCAAGCCUUUCAACGCUCACUACCGCUGGAAUAAAGUGACGACUUGUGUCCAUAACCUGUUCAAAGGGCAGCGUUGGGUCGACAACUACGGCGAGCUCACCAUAACGGACGGCGAGCUCACGUGUCGGUUGACGUUUGAAAAGGCGAGCUAUUGGUCUAAUAAGAAGCACGAAGUGAAUGGAGUGCUGCUGAACGCCAACGGGGAUGUGAUUGAGCGGCUGUUUGGCAAGUGGAACGAGUCGUUGCAUUGUGGCAGUGCUCCCGGUGCCAAAACCAUUUGGAGGCCCGGGUCCAUGCCUCAGGACUACGAACUCUACUAUGGCUUCAGUCGGUUCGCCAUAGAGCUCAACGAACUGACGCCGGAGUUGAAGAAAGCGUUGCCGCCGACGGACACCCGAUUCCGAGCCGACCAAAGACUGCUUGAAGAGGGAAACAUUCAGAGCGCAGAGACUGUGAAACUCCAGUUAGAACAGCAACAGAGGGAACGCCGCAAACUCCGGGAACAGAACGGACAGCCAGACAGGGGUCCGCUUUGGUUUAGGAAAGAGAUGAUUAACGGCGAGGAGACCUACAAAUAUAGCGACAAAUACUGGGAUAUGCGAGAGAAAGGCUUCGAAAGCGUUGAGUUCGAGAAACUUUGGUAGUUAUUAGCGAAUCAUUAGAUUUGUUAUCUAUAGUCACAACAAAUCAAAUAUGAGAUUAUAAUUUUCUAGUCGGCGAGUGAAUAGGCCUUCAACUUUUAGGUCAUUAGCGAACGUACUUUACAAUUAGCAAUUAAUUAACGACUAAUAAUUGAAUUCAUUUUCGGGGAACUCCUGUUCACGCGUUGAUCUUAACUAUCGUUGAAGUUAUUAAUUAAGUCAUCAGUUAAAUCAUUGAAGAGGUGCUGAUAAACUAAAAGCUGACCAUUUUUAUGAACGUUUCGUUUUUACGUUUUAACAUCGAUUGCCAACAGAAAGCUAUGCAAACAAAAAAUACAAAACUUAAGACAAAAAAUCACAAUCCAUUUGUUAUUAUCGAUUGUAACACAAUAUUACUGUUGGCCAUCGAUCUGUUUUUAUUCGUUAAGUUAUUUAGUUUUACACAAAAAAAAGAUUUAUAAAUAAUUCAUUGUUUGAGUUAUGAACAAAAAAUUAUUACUAUUAAAUUUAUGUUAUUUAGUCUUAAAAGAAAAUAUUUUCUGAAACACUUGAGUCUGUGAUGUGUGCCCUCGAGUCGAGUCCCAUUUGACGACUGAAUAUCUCUGUGUAUUCUAAGGGCACAUAUGAACCCCAAAAACCAAACAAAACAAAAUCAAACUAAUUGUAAGAUUUUAUUAUUGUUGACUUAAAAGUUUGCUUUCGAUUUUUAAAGUGAUAUUUUCCUUAUUUACUUGAAUGGCAUUAGACGUGUAGACACACCACUGGGUCUCACGAUAGCCUUAAUGACAUUAAAUGACUAAAACUGAUUGUUAUUAUUCAUUAAUUCUCUAAUGAGUUGUAUAAUAAUUAACAAAUCGAUACUAUUAUUAUAUAAAUAUUAUUAAAUAUCAAUAGUUUACAAAAAUACAGACAAAACAAAUGAGUCAAUGAAUGAGAUGUAAAAUAAAUCUAAUCUUAAGUCAAUUUAAAAUGAAAAUAAAAUAAAUGAUUUUA